AUGAAACGGGACAAGAAGGAUGAAGAAAAUGGUGGAGGUAAUCCAUUCGCUAAUCUCGAUAAAACAACUGUUCUACAGGAGGCCCGUGCUUUCAACGAGACACCGAUAAAUGCACGGAGAUGUAGUCUGAUCUUGAGUAAAUUGCUGUAUUUACGACAGCAAGGUGAAACUAUCGGACGUACUGAAGCAACGGAAGCUUUUUUUGCUGUUACAAAAUUAUGGCAAAGUAAGGAUUCGAAUCUGCGGCGCUUGGUCUACCUCGCAAUUAAGGAGUUCUGCGACAUCUCCAAUGAUGUCAUCAUCGUUACUAGCAGCCUUACAAAAGAUAUGACUGGUCGAGAAGAUAUCUAUCGUGCACCAUCCAUCCGAGCUUUGUGCUGCAUAAUUGAUGGAAGUAUGUUGCAGGCUAUUGAACGCUAUAUGAAGCAGGCUAUUGUUGAUAGAAAUUCAGCAGUUGCAUCAGCAGCCCUUGUUUCAUCAUUUCAUAUGCUUCGGAAGAAUCCGGAAGUGGUACGUCGUUGGGCGAAUGAGGUGCAAGAAGCGGUUUCAUCGGACAGCAAUAUGGUUCAGUUCCAUGCUCUCGGCUUACUAUACCAUAUUCGUAGCGGUGAUCGUUUAGCAGUGAAUAAACUGGUUCAAAAAUGGAGCAAAUCAUCGUUGCGUUCUCCUUUUGCAACCUGCUAUCUCAUUCGACUUGCCGCCAAACUUGUCGAAGAGGAUGAAGCGGGAACAGAAAGCCCCUUUUUCCAAUUCAUUGAGUCAUGCCUUCGUCAUAAAUGUGAAAUGGUUAUAUAUGAGGCUGCUUCUGCAAUUGUUCGACUACCGCGAACAACUUCAUCAGAGUUAUCGCCAGCUAUUUCAGUUUUGCAACUUUUCUGUUCGUCUCCAAAACCGGCAUUGCGAUUUGCCGCAGUGCGGACUUUAAAUAAGGUAUCAGUGAAACAUCCGCAAGCAGUAACAUCAUGCAAUGUCGAUUUAGAACAGUUGAUAACAGAUCAGAAUCGUUCGAUAGCAACACUUGCAAUCACAACACUUCUCAAAACCGGAGCAGAGUCAUCCGUAGAAAGACUGAUGAAACAAAUUAGCACAUUUGUAAAUGAAAUAAGUGAUGAAUUUAAGGUUGUGGUGAUUGAAGCAAUUCGUUCAUUGUGUGCACGUUAUCCACGUAAGCACUCUACCCUUAUGUCAUUUUUAGCUACAAUGUUACGCGAUGAUGGUGGUUUUGACUAUAAGAAGAGCAUUGUUGACACUAUUAUUGCUAUAAUUGAUGAGAACUCAGAUGCGAAGGAAGCAGGAUUGUCACAUUUGUGUGAAUUUAUUGAGGACUGUGAGCAUCCAGUACUUGCUACCCGUAUACUACACUUGCUUGGUCGUGAAGCACCAGCAACUGCCAGUCCCUCUCGUUAUAUUCGUUUUAUUUACAAUCGAGUUAUUUUGGAAGCCACUCAAGUUCGCGCUGCAGCGGUAAGCGCUCUAGCCAAGUUUGGAGCUCAGUGUUCGGAUUUGAGGCCAUCUAUACAAGUCUUGCUGAAACGUUGUUUGCUUGAUAUGGACGAUGAGGUACGCGAUCGAGCAACCUACUUUCUAUCAAUUUUAGAAACGGAAAAUCCACAUUUGAUUGCUAAUUAUAUCUUGAAUGGACUGCAGGUAUCAGUUCUUGGGCUUGAAAGAGCACUGGAGCAAUAUGUAGCCAAUGGAGAGUAUGAUAAACCGUUUGAUUUGAAAGUGGUGCCAAUUUCGGCUCUUCCGCUAUCCAUAACGGAAAUCAGGAAACCGUCGCUGUCCAUAGAGACAAUUUCAGAUAAAAAGAAAGAAAAAAAGACAUCUCGACAAGAGAUUUAUGCAGAACAGUUAGCAGCUAUUCCGGAAUUUGCCAGCUUGGGUCCAUUGUUUAAAUCUUCACAACCAACAGCAUUAACAGAUGAAGUAACUGAAUACAGCGUCUUAUGCGUUAAACAUAUUUUCCCACAGCAUAUUGUCCUACAGUUCGAUUGUAACAACACACUGAAUGACCAGUUUCUGGAGAAUGUUUAUAUUGAAUUGGAGCAAGCACCAGAUACGGAAGGAUGGACGAUUUUGCGCACGAUACCACUAGAAAAGUUACCAUUUGGUGUACAGUCAACCACAUAUGUACUGUUGAAAAUACCUUCAGCACCUUGUGCUGUUACUGCAACAUUCAGCGCAAGUUUGAAAUUUAAAGUUCGCGAUGUUGAUCCUGCAACAGGCGAAUUCGAAGGCGAAACUUAUGAUGACGUUUUUGUGCUGGAAGAAGUUGAAAUAACCGUUGCGGACCAUGUGCAAUCAACAAAGCGAAGCAAUUUCGCUGUCAAUUGGGAACAAAUUGGUGAUGAAAAUGAAAAUGAAGAUACGUAUGCUUUAUCAACAGUUCAUACGCUGCAAGAUGCAGUAAGAGAACUGAUCAAAUGCAUAGGAUUAGGGCCAUGUGAACGAUCCGAUCGCGUGGUGGAAGGUAGAAGUGCGCAUUUACUUCUUUUAGCUGGCGUAUUUCGAGGUGGACAUGAAGUUUUAGCAAAAGCGCGGCUUGCAUUGAACUCGGUUGACAGAACUGUUACAAUGAAUUUCAUUGUCAGAUCUGACGAUUCAACAGUAAGUGAAAUUAUAAGAAACGCGGUGUCCUGA